AUGAAUUCAUUUGGAAAUGCCAGUGUCGAUAUUGAUAUGCUCGAACGUGAAAUGGCGGCGGAACAAGACACCCGCCGCAAUCCUGCUAUGGACCUAUCCGGCAAUAUUGCUGGAAUGAGUAAUAACAGAACAAGAAGAGGGCCUAUGCAAGAAGUUGAUCUUGACGCGGACUUUGAUACUUUGGAUGAACCAGUAUGGGAUACCGUGAAGCGAGAUAUGGUCACUAUUGGUGCGAAGUUCAUGCAUGUUAUUCUUCCGCAUGGCGACAAGCAGCAACUUUUGCGUGAUUGGGAUUUGUGGGGGCCACUAUUCAUUUGCGUAGGACUAUCCUUACUUUUGCAAUAUAAUGGUGGAACUGACUCUGCCCCACAGUUCACCCAAGUUUUCUCAAUCACAUUCUUUGGUUCUGUCGUUGUCACCGCAAAUAUUAAAUUGCUAGGUGGAAACAUAUCAUUUUUCCAAUCACUAUGCGUCAUCGGAUAUUGUCUUCUUCCCCCAUUUGCAGCAGCAGUGAUGUGCUCCAUUUUCCUUCAUGGGGUUUUCUUCCCAUUAAGACUUGCUAUUACCGCGAUUGGAUUCAUUUGGUCUACAUACGCAUCAAUGGGUUUCCUAGCCGGUUGUCAACCCGACAAGAAACGUCUUCUUGUCAUCUAUCCGGUGUUUUUGUUCUAUUUCGUCGUUAGCUGGAUGAUUAUAUCGCAUUCUUAA